GGCGAGUUCCACACUCGAUCCUCCAACCCUCGCGGGAGGGUCAGACUCGCGCGCGCUCCGCACUUGUUGUCUCGAGUACAACUAGGAGGAAAGUGAAAGGGCCGCUGCCGGCUGCCGGGGAUCGGAGGGCCACUCUUCUUGUUUUUCUUGCGCGCGCCCGCGGGACCAGUGUGUGUGCGCAGUCGGACAGUUUUCAGUUCAGCCGGGAUAUAGGAUUGUUCGAGCGCCGGAGAGAGAGGGCGAGUGGACGGGUUCGCCCGCACGACUUCAAGAUGUUUACCUCACUAGCACAAAAGUUAAAAUUCUUCUACAAACCUUAUGCCCUGGCCAUCGUAUCUCUCGGAUACGUUCUUGGAGAACUGGGUCAUUAUUUGAUCGGUGUCACGAGCAAAGCGACCGCGAUCGAUCUCCACUAUGGCGACAUCACGUGCCAACUCAACUCGACAACGCUGGCAGUCAUUGAUCUCCCGGUUCAAUGUGAAAAAGCAAACAGCUCAGAAGUCUGCGAGACACUGGACAUCAAUGGGACGCGCUACUGCGAGUGGAACUACAACGGGCUCGGUCUGGAUUACCAGAUAUUGGCGGGGCCGAGCUUCAUCGCCGUUUACACCGUCAUGGGCGUUGUGCUCGGUUUCGCCGCCGACAGAGUCAACAGAGUGAGGCUGCUGGCUGUGUGCACGCUCGUGUUCAGCAUCGCAAUUAUCCUGAUGGGAGCCGUUAAGGAAUAUUGGCAACUGGUUAUCCUUCGGAUGCUGGCUGCUGCAGGAGAAGCUGCUUGCAAUCCCUUGUCGACUGGUCUCCUUUCCGAUUGGUUCAGCGAAGAAAAGCGUGGUCUAGUCAUGUCGAUCUUUAACUGGGGAAUCUACGGUGGUUAUGGAAUAGCUUUUCCAGUGGGACGUUACGUACCUCGAGCCAAUGCCUGGGAUUUGGGUUGGAGAGUGUGCUACUAUGGCGCCGGAAUCAUCGGAGUCAUCAUAGCGAUUCUGACCGGUUUCACGCUCACGGAGCCGGAGAGAACGACCAUCGGAGAAGAGACUAAGAGCGAUGGCAAGAAGGAUCCUCUGUGGAAAGUCAUUUUGCAGCCAAGGAUCAUCCUCUUGUGUCUUGCUGCUAGCAUCAGGCAUUGCGGUGGUAUGUGCUUCGCCUACAACUGCGACCUGUUCUACCGCGAAUACUGGCCCGACUACGAUCUCGGUUGGUGGUUGUUCGCGGUGACGAUCGUGAUCGGCAGUAUCGGCGUCGUCGUCGGCGGAGUGAUCAGUGACAAGUUCGUCGCCAAAAUGGGUAUCAGGUCACGAGUCGCUGUUCUGGUUGUUAGUCAACUCGUUGCCACACCCUUUGCCUUUGGUUCGGUCUACUUCGCGCCUGUGGGGGCUAUGAUUACGCUCGGCAUCUCUUACUUCUUCGCCGAGAUGUGGUUCGGCAUUGUCUUCGCCAUCCUCGUGGAGAUCGUGCCAUUGAGCAUGAGAUCGACGACGGUUGGUAUUUUCCUCUUCGUGAUGAACAACAUCGGAGGCAACUUGCCGAUACUCGUCGAGCCGACGAGCAAGGCCAUCGGUUACAGGGAGUCUCUCUACAUUUUCUACGCCGGCUUCUAUGCGCUGAGUACACUAAUGUUUUUCGCAACGAUGUUCCUGAUGCCUGGUGGCACCAACGACAACAAAGAAGCGAAUAUGGAUCAAGAGGGUCACGACAACAGGAACUACAUCGACGACGAGGGUAAAACGUCGACGCUGGAACUACCGCGAUUACCCGCCAGGACAAACCUCGGCUACGACAACUCCCACCUCUGAGAAUCCUCGGCGCCUGCAUUCGUGAAAUUUUCUUUUGUCUUGAAAACUAACCGAACCAAAGAGUUCGAUUUAUAAAUCUCUUUAAGCGUUAGGAGAAUGUUAUCGAUGAGCGUGAAAUAUGGUUGAGAUGCGAGUUUGAUGUUUGUAGACAACGUUGUUUUUAGAGUUGGAAUAGCAGCUGUUGCAGCAAAGUGAGGAAUUUUCACGUUAGCAGUAGCGAGUGGAAUUUCAUUCCGAAAGUUUCAGCGAAUAAGCAAGAAGUCUUCACGGAUGUGAUGCGUGUUAUUAAGAAUUGUGAAGAGCGAGUUUUGGAUCAACGUUGUUGAUGUUGGUCUAUUUAAUUCUGAAUUUAAAGUGCAUGCAAAUGUGUCAUUUAUCUUGGAGUACGUUUACUUAGUAUUAUUAUAAACAAUGUAAUUAUUGUGUUCAAUAUGAGUGAAUGCGUAUGUUAACUCAAGAAAGUAUCAAACAAAUUUUAAGAUAAAAAUCGAGUACAGAAAUAUGGAAGUUCGAUUGUUUGGUAUGGACAUUACCGAUGAAUUUAGCUUAAGACGUUCCACAUAGAUGUGCAUAAGCCGCAGUUGUAUAGGCACGCGCUCCUUUUCACAGGAAAGACAAACGCGCAAUAGCGCACGACGAGUACAUAAGUAUAAACCAGAGAUAAAUAAGUCUUACUUAUACGAAUAGACGGAGACAAGUAAAAUGAGAGGAUUAAUCGCUCGCCCUUAAGUAACGAUUAUUGCGUCGCAAACUGCGCGUCAUCGCUGUAUGUCUAACUUCCUUUCGUUCAGACUUUCGUCCUCACUCGGCAUAAUACUGGUGUUCGCGAAGAGAAAAUUUACUCGCUGGGCGCAAAAUAUGGGAAAAUAUGCUUUGCCUAUUGGAAUUCGCUAUUCGAUGUUGAAAUUAGUCAAAGAGUUGAGAAAGUUGAGUUUUGAGGAAAAAAGUUAGAAGCACGAGUCAUUGGAGAUUAAUUUUUGUAUUUGUUACAAGCUUUUAGAUGAAUCGAAGUAUUAAUUUUAAAACCUGACGAUGUUGAUUUUUGUUCAGUAUUACAAAAGCUUGGACUUGAAAAAGUCGAUUUUUUUUUGGCGAAUGAAGCGAUUAACUAUCUCUGUACAUAUAUUGUUUUAUGAUAAAAUAUUAAAUCUUUAUAUAUACGAGUUAUUAUUACUUGUAAAUACUUUAUGAGUAGGAUAGUGUCAUGUAAAAUAAUUUUCUAUUAGAUUAAUCAACUGCAACCGCACAUACAGAUGUCAUAAUAUUAUGAUAAAUACAUUAUUUCAACGAUCGAUUAUCGAUUUCUUCACCCCGUUUCCGGCGUAGUAUAAUAUACCACACUAAUAUACAUACGUAUUUUGUUCUA